CUAUCUUUGCCAUAUUUCCAUCCAAUUCCAUCUCUCUCGUUUGCUCCAUCUACUACUCACUUAUUUAUUUAUACAUCUCCGCCACCCACUCCCUCACACCAUGUCCGCCUCAGUUCCCUCCUCCUCCUCACAGUCCGAAUACGUGACUCUGGUGUCCGGCGAUGGAUUCGAAUUCGUCAUCCCCCGCAGCACAGCCUGUGUGUCCGGGACGAUACGUCGCAUGUUAGAGCCGUCUAGUCGGUUUUCAGAAUCUGUUACCGGUCGAUGCGUCCUCGAGAAUAUCAGCGGCAUCGUGCUAGAAAAAGUAUGCGAGUAUUUCUGCUACAAUGAGAAAAAUAAGAACCAGACGUACGUUCCGGAUAUGGAUAUUCCGCCGGAGUUGUGUUUGGAGUUGUUGAUGGCGGCGGAUUAUUUGGAUGCUUGAUUGAGGUGGGUUGGUUUGAUUUGGUCCGUCAUUCUUUGUAUAGUGUAGGUAAGUGGAUUGAGUUGGGUUGGUUGGUGCGGGGUUUGUACUGAUUGUGGCAUUAGUUUUAUUGCAGUGGGAUGGCUUGGG